AUGAACGCUGCUGCAUUACGCGAUGCUGGUAUAGGGGUUACUCUAGCAACCGCAGUUAACGCGUUAUUGAGAGCCAUAGCAGGAGUAAUAACGACAACCAAAAGAUUUAAACCCCUUCUCAAUCACCUCAACGAUACAGUUAACUGGAUCACGCCCAGGAUCAAUGAGCUAAGUCGGUCGACAGAUUCACAGGAAAUCGGAAGGUUGUUGGAUCUAUUGAAUGAAGCCAAGGAAGCUGUUGAUAAAUGCGCUGGGGUACGCUCGUGGAACUAUUACAAGAAGUACAAGUUCGCCAAGGAGCUCAUUGAACUGGAUAAUUCUAUUCGUACAACGUUGCAAGUCUUCUUCCCGGUUAUGAUUUUGGGGGAUACUAGACUAAUUUUGGAUGCUGUUGAUGAACUGAAGCUAAUGUUCUCAUUUUUCUUUUAUAUUAUACUUGAAGAUUUUCAAUCAAGUGCAAGAAAUACUAGUGGUAUUAUUUUUGAUCUGAUUCGAUCUAAUGUCUCAUUUGAAAACCUUGGAUUAGAGAAAAUUGCCCAGUCUCAGCCUGCAGAGAUUGUAAACGAUAUAGCUCUAUGGAAGAGAAAGAAGCUGAGCGGAACGCUUCUCUUCUCCUCAACUGCAACAUGGCUCUUGCAGCAAGUUUAUCAAUACAACUUCAUCACUAUUGCUUCAUGGGCGGCCAUUUUCAUUGUUACUUCAUUGUUCAUCUGGAGAAACGUAAAUCGGUUUCUUGACCGAGAAGAAGCAACCAAGUCCAGAUUGGAGAAUAUCAGAGAGAAGGUUGCCAUGGAGGUUGCAAACGCUUAUCGGGAACUGACUGAUCAAAUAAUAGGAUGGAUAUUUCAUGCCACUGAUGUUGAGGGAGAACGGUUUGUAUUUCCACAAACGGUUACCCUUCUCCUAAUUUUCUCCUACGUUGGAAGCUUCUUUGAUCUGCCAACACUUUGUAAAGGUGUUAUGAUGGGUACAACAGUUCCUCCCAUGGUCGCGAAGCACGGGGAUAAAAUGAAGACUCUUGGGAAUAUGGUGAGGAUGCAAUCGGGAAGAGUCUACGAAAUGGUCUUGGAGCUGCUAAUCGAUGCAAUCAUGAGUUCAUCAUCAACGCUUUCAUACUUGGUACUGGAAUUGGCCUAUAUACUUGCAAGUCGCAAAUAA